AUGGCCCCCAUCCCAAGGGCCGAUUUGGAUGGAGACAAUGCUUCUUCGGAUAUUGGUGACAGCCAGGACUCCCCGCUGCGUCGUCAAUUUUCUGAACCCUUUCGUCCCCAAUCUACUUCUACCCAAAUCUCUCAGUCCCCGGAGCCCAUCCCUCGACGGCUCAAGUGUGACUGGUGUGGGAAGCUUUUGAUGCUCCCAAAUGACGCAGACAUCUCUGAAGAAGAUGUUCUGAAUGAUCAUAUCAACGAAGCUCACCCGAAAUCUAUCAACUUUUCUGGGUAUGAUGGUGCCGACGAUGGCGCCGAAGAUCUCGCCGACGAGGGCGCUGAUGAGACUUACGACGAGAAUGGCGAUCUCCAAGAUGACGACGCCAUUGAACAAGACGAGGCCAUAAUUCAAGUUGCCAAGCCAGAAGAUGGUGAGGCUCAAGAUGAAGAUGGCGAAGAGAUCACAGUGGAACUGACCACUGACGACAACAAUGGCACCCUGCCAACCGCAAUCCAAGACAAUGUCAGCCACAUGCCUGAAACGAAACGUGACCUGUUGGACUGGCUCUCCAACCCGCGCACUGGAUAUCCCGAAGAAUAUCGUGCCCGCGAGGCCGAGUGGCGACGACCAGAUGUUAAAAACCGCCUUGACCGCUUCUGGAACGUUCAUGAUGCCAACAAAUUCUCCCCCAACUACGACCAGGAAGCUGCCAAGUGUGAAUCUAGUUGGGACAAUGCUUUCCACGACCCUUCCAAGACCAAGAAACGUGAUGCUCCUGACCCAGCCUUCCACCCCCUUCCAUACAAGAAGCCCAAAGUCGACAGAGGGCAGUUCCUCGAAGUACAGGCUCAGGAAAUCGACGAACUUGUCAACAUGCUCCGCAAUCCCGAAAAAUACACCCCAGACGAACUCUACGCACUUACACAGACCGCCGCUUUUGUUUUGAAGUCAUUUCAAGAUGAAUACCUGGCCCUCGAUGACCUCUACCUCAAAGCGCAUCGACACAAACGGGAUGAACCCUCAUAUCAAACAAAGCGACAUCAAAUGCAGGGCCACAAGAAGAAGGGCGGAGCCCCACUGGCUCACGCCAAUGAGGACAAGGCUGACUUCGAGGACAAGAAAGAAGCCAUGCUCUAUGGCUACAAACACAAUUAUUUCUCGACCAACACACCACUCGCGCCCAUCCGCACACAGCAGGAUCCCUUCGUGCAGGGAGGCUUUGUCCCAACUCCCGCGCAAGCCAGAAAGAUGAUUGCGAAGAAGAAGGAGACUGGUGAUCUUAACCCUGAUGGGUGGCCAGCCAUGAAGAAACAUGGCGUUGAAUAUCACCCUCAGAUGUAUGAACCUCGACGCGAGCCACUUGUGCCAAAAGUCACUCGGAAACGCAAGGCCGCAGAGGUUGAAGCACCAACCAAAACCACCGAUGCAGAAGACACUCAGAACGAGAGUGCGGAUGGUGAUGAAACCGAUGAAGACAACCAUCCCGCAAAGCGACGCACCCGAGGCCGCGGCGGCAAAACCGUCGCUGCCGAAUCAACUCACUCUGACACUAACUCUCGCCGAGGCUUUGGCCCUGGCCGUGGCCGUGGCCGCGGACGCGGCCGUGGUGGGCUUGGUCGCCUUGGUUCCUCCCGGGCUACCUUCGAAGUCACCCCUGCCCCAACCCAACCCUCAGUUCGGGGCCGGGGUCGACGUGGCGCUAGCAGCCUGGCCUCCUCAUCGCUCCCUCCAGCAGAGACCUCCUUCCAGGCCGUCGAGCCUGUGGCCACCGAAAGCCCUGUCGAAUCCGCUCCGACAUCGGCCAAGAAGGAGGCUCUCUCUGCGGAGGCAAUUGAGGAGGCCAGGCGGCAGAAGAUCGCCAAUUCGAAGAACCCAAAGAGGACCAAGGCGAUGCUCGAUCACUGGGACCGGUUCAACCGGGAAGGACGCAUUCGAAACCCAAAGCGAUCCAAGGCCCAAAUCGAGCAGGACCGGACCGUCGACGGCGCCGCCGACGAGGUCCCCAAGCCCACCGGCCGCAGCAAGCGGUCACCCUCGCUGACACCACUUGCUGGCAACCUCGCCCCCAAGGGGCCCACCGGCCUGCCCUCAAUGGCAGGCGUACAGGCGCAGCAGCAGCAGCCCAUGCCUCCCACUCUCCCUCCCAUGGGAGUGGUCUCUCACUACGGCCCCGGCCCAGUGAACCCUUUCGCUGCUGCUGCUGCGCCUGUUGCGCCUAUGGCGCAACUGGGGCAACCCAUGCCGCCCCAGUACGCCCCAUUCCCGUACGUCCAGUACGGGAUGGGUCCCCUCCCGGGUCAUAACCCGCGGGACCCACGCCAUUGA